ACCAAUGCUGGGGCGACAACACGGGGAGACGGAGAUUCCCUUAUCGCUUCAGAUGUUUCCAACAUCCCGUCUUUUUAUUUGAAGACGUUCCUGGAUUAUUCUCAUCGGUGGUACCUGACACAGUCGAAGGAUGCAAAACGUCCUGAAGAAGAAGAAGAGCCUCUGAACAGGAACAGGAAGAGCCUGCCAGUAAGGAGGAUCAAAUGGACGGCCACCAAUUGACGGGAGAGAAAAGGAACAACUUCCUGAACAUAAAGAGCAAACAGUGACAGAGUUGGAGAAAGAGAGAAAGAGAGGAAGAAACGUAAAAAGCAAAAGAAGAAAGAGAAGUGAAUGGAGGUACCAGAUCCUGACGAACGAACUGAAGAGAGAACUAAGAAAAAGUCAAACAAGAUUCACACACAACGUGACGAGGCGAUGAGUAGCUGGAAGAAAAAUAAAACCCGUAAUGACACAGAGACAGAAGAGGGGAUGGACAGUGGCCUCUCAGCGUCUGCAGUAGAUGUCUCAGAUGUAAGGGUGCCAGAGGAGGCCAGAAAGAGUAAGAAGAAGCACAAGAACAAACAAACGAAGCUUGAAGAGGGAGCGGAAAGCCGUCAGACAGUUUUAAGAUUAGAUGAUCCUGAAAUCAUAGAACUAUACACUGAAGCGGUUGAGGGAGGGGAAAAUGUGGUAACGGAGGUACAGAAGAAGGUAAAGGAGAAGAGGAAACGAAAGGAAAUAGUUGGAGAGAUUCAACUGAACAUUUGUCCAGAUGAAACAGAGCUCCCAGGUAUUCUAGAACAAACUGGGAGAAAAUGGAAAACAACAUCGAGGCUGAGAACACAACCGGAUGGAGGGGCUGUAGAGGGCAGCAGGAGAAGAAAGAGACAACCAGAUGGAGGGGCUGUAGAGGGCAGCAGGAGAAAGAGACAACCAGAUGGAGGGGCUGUAGAGGGCAGCAGGAGAAGGAAGAGACAACGCUGCAGAGAGUCCGACACGGGAAUGGACAGUGUCCCCUCUAAGUCUGACAACAGGACUCCUGAUGCUGCACCAGAAUCUGAGACAGGGGAAGAUGGCCCCCAUGCAACCACGGUUGAGACAAGCACCCAACACCGCAGACGCAUCCAAAACGAUAAAGCUCUCAGUGAAAAAGAAUGGAGGGCUGUGAUUGAGCUCAAAGAGUUUGUUCCCAAUGUUGAGUCUCUGUCUGUUUUGAGGAUCAGAGUAAUGAUCAAGUAUGAUCUUGAUCGAUUCAAGGAAUUCCGAAGACAAGGCAUUUCCCUGCGAACUGGACGAUACAGCGCACAGGAGAACAAACAACUCAUGAGUAACAUAAACGAAUUCCUGGCUCUCACAGGGAUUGAGAAUGCUGCUAAACUCUUCCAUACAAAGCGCUUCAAAGACGAACUGACACAAAUCCAGAGGUUGAAGAGUCAUCACAGGUUCCCUGAAAGAAUAGCUGAAGGAAUCCCAAGGCCUUGGCAUAAGAUCUAUAGUCGUGGUGGGAGGAAAAUGUUUGAUGGCAGCAGCUACAAGGGCAGACGAAGGUUCAGCGAAGAUGAACUUUACUCUUUGAAAAAACUGCAGACGUUGCACGGCAACAAUUGGGUGAAGAUCUCGCAGUUGACUGGCCGGAGUGAAACGCCGCUCAGGAAGCGUUUUUCUCAGAUGUUCGCAAACUUAGGUUCUUGGAGCGAGGAAGAACUGAAGAGACUAAUGGAAGCUGUGAGAGACCACCUGCUGGGACAGGUGGAGCCUGGCAGAGGACAUGCCACCAUCAGGAAAGACAAGCUGUACAACAACAUCCCCUGGACAGAUGUAUGCCGGAGGGUUAAGACACGCCACCGGGACCAGUGUAGAAUGAAAUGGUUGGGUGUUAUGGCACACAAAAUGACAUAUGGACAACCAGUAUUCAGCGGAGGUGUGAAAACCGUAAAGGCUAAAGUGGAUUUGAUCAAAGCGUUGAACGCAAUGCAGGUGGAAGAUGCAACAGAUAUUGACUGGGAAGAAAUUGCUCACACAAUUGGGGGUGUGACUCCUUGCUACGUGCAGAUGCACUACCACAAGCUGAAAGUAGCCAAAGUGCCAUUGAGACAGAGCAUGUCUUUCUGUGAGAUCAUUGAUUUCCUGUACAGUAGUGUUCUGCCCAAGUUUGAAGAGCUCCUCCGACACAGUCAGACUGAGCCAGGAGAGACCGAGUCCAGAGAUCUCCACCAGGUUCAGACUGAGUCAGGGGAGACCGAGUCCAGAGAUCUCCACCAGGUUCAGACUGAGUCAGGGGAGACCGAGUCCAGAGAUCUCCACCAGGUUCAGACUGAGUCAGGGGAGACUGAGUCCAGAGACGAUCCACAAGAGCUCUUCCUGCUCUCAGAGAUCUUUGAAAAUGAGGACGACUGAGAUUAUUACAGCGAGGUUCAGAACAGUUGAUUAUCAAUCAUUUUUAUCUCUGCAAGCUUUAUUUUUUUAAUGUUAUUUCAAAGGCAGCUUUUGAAAAGAGUCGUUUGGAUGUAGAUGGUGAAAAUCUAUUGAAUGAUCCUGAACAUGCUGGUUAGGAGUUUUCCUUUUCUGAAAUUCCCUGAUAUCCUGGAUGCUUUGUUAACAUUAGACAUGAUUACACCCCCAGGGGCUGAGCAUCUGGAGCCUGGUCUGCUUAUGUGUGCAGCAACCCCUUAUUCCUGCAUCAGUAGCCCAUAUAUUUAUGUAACAUUGUUAUCAGGAAGUAUUAAAAGAACAUGGACAUA